GUUGCUAGGCAGAUUUUUGAAAGUAGCUGCUGCUGAUUGGUUGUUUGGAGAAAAGCAGGAACGCUGUAAAUAUAAACAUUGAGGGAGAUUUACUAAAACCUGUGCAGAGGAAAAAGUGACCAGUUGCCCAUAGCAACCAAUAAGUUCUUUCAUUUUUGACAAGGCCUCUGAUUUGCUAUUGGCAGCUGCACCACUCUCCCUCUACACAGGUUUUGAUAAUUCUCCCCCAUUGUUCUGUGGUACUGUGUCCAGUCUGGUAGUAGUGCGUGAAGAAAGAAGAAGCCCUGCACCUGUAGUACCUUCCUGAGGAGGACCUGUGAAGGCUUUAUUUUAUUUUUUUAAAUAAUGGAUGAAGGUGAAAUAGACAUGAAGAAUUCUUCCUAUACCUUAAAGGGAUCUUCAGAAACACUCCUUCCUAUUCAUCUGUAUGAAUUUAAAGCACAUUUACUGGAAGCUGUAGAGGAACUACGAAUGGGUCGGCUGGCCAAAAUCCAAUAUGAAGAGCAAGUUAACAAAAUUUUAAUGGAGAAACAGGAACUAAUGUGGAAAUGUGAGGCCAUUUCAAAUCAGGAAGAAAUUGUGGAGAAGAAGCACAAUGAUUCUUUGGCUGCUUUAAAGAAACAGUUGCAGGCAAAAAUGUGCUUGAUUGAAGAGGAAAAAGGUCGAUUCCAGCUCGCUGCAGAAUCAAAGGAAAGGGAGAACAGUAGUUUAAGAGAAGAUAUAAAGACAUUGCAGAUUGCAAAAUACAACUUUCAGAAGAAAGUACAUGAAAUGGAGCAGAAACUACAGUUACACAUAUUAGCAAAGGAAGAUCACAUUAAACAACUCAGUGAAUGUAAAAGAUGUAUUGGGAAUGUGACACAGCAGUUUGGAAUGAUAAAAGAGGUUCAUGAAAAGCUGGAGCAAACUGUCCAGACUGCAAUUCUAAACAAUAAAAAGAACUACACUGAAAUAAACAAAAAAAACGAAGAGAUAGAACAUCUAAAAGAGGAAAUAAAGAGACUGUCUUCUGACUUACUGAACUACAAAGUAAUCUAUAAGCAAAGAGCAAACGAAGAGAACAUCAUACUUUCUGAAAAAGAGCAGAAUGUGAACGAACUGAAAGAAAGACUUCAGACGGAAAAAGAAUUAAACAAAAAACUCAUGGAGGAACAUAUCAGUAUGAAAAAAGGAAAGCAGCUGGAUAUAAGAGUAUUGAGCAACAUGCAAACUUUAGUUCAACGACAUACUCAAACCAACAUUAGCUUGGAAAACCAGCUGUCUGAACUCAUGGAAGAUAACAAGACCCUUAAAAGAGAUAAUGAGCUUCAAAGGGCAAAGGCAACAGAAAAUGAGGAAAACUUCCUGGCGCUUCAGAGUGAGCACCAGAAGGCUUUGUCAGAGUGGAAAGCACAGUUUUUUCAGAAAGAACACUUGGAGAAAGAGUGUGACACAGUCAAAAAAGAACUGGAAUUAAUGAAGCAGUUAAAUCUGCAAAAAUGCAACAGUGAAUCCCUGCAGAAGACACCGGAAACUAUUAUACAGGCUGAAGAGCAGCGGACUAUAUACAGCAUGGACAUAGUCAUGUGCAAUAUAGAAGACAACAUGACUAAACAUGGAACCCCCAGUGAUCCAGCAGCUUAUACAACAACAGCUUACGUGGGCAGCUCUGAUGAUAUUAGUCUAUCACUGAGAAGUAAUGAAAUACAAAAGAUAGAUGGAAGCAAAAUAGACAUUGUACAUAAAGAUGCAAACAGCCUUCAAAAUGUUUAUAACAUUGCAGAUAAGGGACAUCUUUGUGAAGAACAGAAUGAUGAGAGCUUGCUCACAGAGAACAAAGAAAGCUAUCCAACUGUUGAGCGAAGUACAAAAGAGUCUUGUGAUGGCAAAUGUACUGAGGAGAUUCCUAGUGACAGGACAUGUAUGAAUAUUAUUAAUGAGUAUGAAAAGAGCAUGGACAAAGACGGUGCAGCGUUACAGACACAAGUCAUGGCAAAGUCCAUCAACAUGCUGCCAGACAAUAAUAAACCUCAAACUGUCUGCAAUGAAGAUGCAAGUCAGCAGACAGACUCCAGCCACUGUAAACCUGAAGAUGAUUCUAGUGAAGACAUUUAUAUUGUUAUUGAUAAGCCAGACAGGCCAGACAAUGACAGAGGUGUCUUUAUAAAUGAGACAUGCUCAAAAGAAUCACAAUUACUUAAUCAAAGUAUAAAAGAGUUAAUAAAUGAGCAGCCUGCAACUGGAGAUAUCUCCCCGACAGGAGACAAUCCGAAUUGUGCUCUUGGGGACGAAAGUAAUUGUCUCUUACCUGUUCUGUACAGGGACUCAUUAGAGAUAUGCAUAAAAUCUGGCCAACACGAUCAAAUUCGACAGGCAGAACCAAUAAAGAUGACAGAUGAGGAUCCUCUUGGAAUAUGGACAGAUUCCCUCUUUUCCAAAAAAAAUCAAAGAGUUGACUCAAACUUUGAAGAUGCAGCCAAGCACUGCAUGGAUAUAGGGACUACCCUUAAUACAAGUGUCAACACUAUUGACAGAGCAGAAAGUAAGAGAAAAUGUUUUGACCAAGAAGCUCACUGUACUACUUCUUAUAGUUCUCUAGGCCAAGUGGGAAAUUCAGAUUUAAAGUCAGCUUUGGAACUAUAUGAAGACUGCACAGUACAGUCAUUACAAUGUACUGAGAACCCAAAUGAGUUCAUAGUUGAGCAGAUAUAUACCAAUGGGAGAGAAAGCUGUUCAGGGGACACUGGAAAAGACAGCAUUCUGGAGGAAAAAACUGAAUGUGACACAAAUGUAAACGGUGAAUUGCACAGUGAUGACCACGAUCAGCCAACUGGUCAAACUAGUGACCCAGUGAACAUGGGUGUAGACGAGGUUUGCAUUCAGGAAAAUGAUAAUGUAGCUGCUGGGUGCAUGUCUCAAGUAGUACAGAAAUCGUAUACAGAGCUUGCAGCAACGAAGGAGGAAAAAUACAUACCUGAUGGAAAAAGCCUUAACCUAUCCAACCUGCCAAAGUCAGUUUAUUUACUAGGAUCAGAUUUGAGGGAUAGUCUAAACAUUUCACUUAGCAAUAGGACUCAUCAUAAUCUCUCUAAGCUGUCAGAACAGGCUGUGUACUCCAGAGCAGAGCAUGUUCCCAAGGAUCACAGUGCAGAAUGGAAUGCAGAACACCAUUCCUCUGCUCCCAUCCUGGCUACCACCUCUGAAAAAUCAAAUAUGCUUGAAAAACCAAACUUUUGUCCUGUUGUCACUGAUGCUACAAAGUCACAUCUUAUCAACCUGCCACACACGACACACACGGAAGUCACUGGAAGUAACAAAGACGACGACGACGAUAUAUGUAGCAUACAGAGUCAGAUAAGUGCAAUUGAAAAGUUCUUAUUGAAUAACACAUUAAAUGGGUCAAGGAAAAGGAAGCAUGAGGACACUCUAGUCAGGGAAUAAAUGGAAAGCACAUUAAAACUGUAAUCAUUAGGUACGUCUGUACAUGUAUCUGUUCAUGCUUGGUUCUCCACUUCUCAAAAGUUUCUGAUAAGUAAUUAAAGUGUAGUUUCAGCAGGUCCACUCUGUUUAAUUUGCUCUGCAUAUUAAGCAGUAUGGCAGCAAAAAAAAAAAAAGUUCUUAUUGAGUUCUGUUCAUACCAAAACUAAGUGUGGAACAGCUGCCGGAGUUAAAGUUGGCCGUACACUUGAAGGUUAUCAACUACCCCUCCGGAUAUGCUCAUGUGCUCUGUCAUGUAUUUGUUGCAGAGGGUCGGGUCUACUGCCGUCUUUAGUGUGUAUGGCACUUCUGUGAUAUUGAUUCCAUGCAUUUUAUAUAGAGCUGUAUUCUAAAAAAUAUACAUGUAUAUUUAAACAUCUAUUUUAUACCAUGUGAGCCUACCGUAAAAUGUAUUUCAACAUGCCAUAAUCCUGUACUUUGUUCCACUGGUUUGAAUAAAAAAAAAAAAAGGAAAAAAAAUAUGCAAACAUAUGUAUUUUUUUGUGUACUUGCUCAUUUUUUCAGUAGAUACUAGUUAUAGGAAGAUAUCCUAGAACUUAUUCUAGUUAAGCAGUUGCUCAGUACUACAAUUCCCAGAAUGCAUUGUUUUCCCUCACAGUCCUCUCAUCUUGCCUACCUCCUACAGCACCCCUUCCCAGAAAUGUUGUGUAACCCCUCAUUCCACAGGAGACCAUUGCACAGUGAUGUUAUAGUACCUGUUGUUCAUUCCCUGUCUGAUCCUCUGCCUGUGGCAUUGCUUAGCACAGGGGCAGCAUGCUGUAAACACGCAUCAUUCUUCUUCCCUAAAUGUCCCAAUAAAGAAAUAUAUAUUUGUUAAUAACAGUGAGAUGGUGAUGGAGGGGCUUGUCAGAUGUGAUUACUGGGGAUUGUAGUCUGAGGGAGGUCAAGGAAACCAGAAGUAGCCAGUUCCCCAAAACAAGCCAGCAGAGUGAUGAGGGACACAGCCAUUUGCCACCAACACAAGCACAGAUCCUUGGUAAGCAUGUCUAUUACUGUAUGACACUUUACUAAAGUCAUUUUAUGUUGGAUCCUUGUUUGAUGAGGCAGUUUCAGUUCUUUUUGCUGCACUUAAGAAAACGUGGCAGGUGUCAAAAUUCUUCUGCAAUAGUGUUAACAAAUCACUUUCCUGCAACGGAUAUAUGCACUUUAACCUCUUGGGGACACAGGGCGAACCUGUACGCCCUGCGCCUGUGAUAUAACACGGGGUCACACAGUUUAUCGCUACAUCUAAAAUGUAAAAAAACAAAUACAUCCUGGCAGCUCAGUCGGGCCGAUCAGCUGAGGACACUCGAGGAGGGUCCCUACCUUCCUCCUCAGCGUCUGAUCGCUCCAAGCCUGAGAUCCAGGCUUGAGCAAUCGACCGCCGAUAACACUGAUCAAUGCAAUGCUAUGGCAUAGCAUUGAUUAGUGCUGGCAAUCA